AGAGGUGAAGUUUAAGACCAGACAGAUACUAGGAUUUAUGGAACACGGAGGUCAAGAAAAGGAUAUGGGCAUGCCCAAUCCCAUUGGUUAUAAUCCAUCUCAUCUUAACCAGCAACAAGAAUCAUCAUCCCCUGGGGCAACCAAAUUACCUACUACUCCUAUAGCUUCAAGUCUGGCAGAUAAAAGAACAAAUGAGCAAAUUAUCCAUGGAAAUACCAUUUUUAGCCCUAACCAAACCCUAGAUCAGCAUAAUAAUCUUACUCAAAGUUCAGAUCCAGAUCCACUUCGACAAGUAUCGACUACGUCAGCAAGUGAUAGAAUUAUCAGCACUGUCCGAUACAAAGAAUGUCUAAAAAAUCAUGCCGCAAGCAUGGGAGGACAUGUCUUAGAUGGUUGCGGAGAAUUCAUGCCAAGUGGAGAAGAAGGGACACCGGAAUACCUGAAAUGUGCAGCUUGUGAUUGUCACCGCAACUUUCAUCGAAAGGAGACUGAAGACGAAUCACAAACACCCAGUCAUGUGCAUAGAUAUAACAUCAACAACCACCAUAUAAACACUCAAAUUCCGCCUUCUCUUCCGUCUCCACAGCACCAUCAUAAGUACUCUCAUAGGGGACACGUGGCACCAGUGAUGAUGAGCUUCGGAGGGAACACGGGAGUUCCAGCUGAAUCAUCUAGUGAAGAUCUGAACAUGUUUCAUGGUGGACAAGGGGUAAUUCAGCCAUGUAAUUAUUCGAUGUCGAAGAAGAGAUUUCGAACGAAAUUCAGUCAACAACAGAAAGAUAAAAUGCAAGAGUUUGCUGAGAAGCUGGGAUGGAGAAUUCAGAAACAAGAUGAACAAGAAGUGCAGCAAUUUUGUACCGAAGUGGGGGUGAAGAGACAAGUGUUCAAAGUGUGGAUGCACAACAGCAAACAAGCAAUCAAGAAGAAACAAACAUAACAGGCAAGACUGCAAAAUCCCAUGUUUUAGAUUAAAUUAGACCCUUUUUCCUUUGUGCAUAAAUCUGAUAGAUAAGAGGAGUUUUAGGCAAAUAAUCAAUUCUUUGACUACAUAAUUUCAGCAGGCUUAGCAUCUUCAGAGGCUGACUGUUUUUUAGUUCUUCCCCGUUACCAAAGUAAUUUAAUGUUAAGCAUAUAAUGAAGGACUUUACAUUAUGUGGUUAGUAAUUCGUAGUAUCAAUUAAUUCAUCAUAAAAGUCUCUUCAAAUUC